AUGGCUGACCAUAGGGAAAGGGAUUCAUAUUAUUCGCAAACGGAUUUAAGAUCAAAAAAUGAUGAUCCACCGAAUUCACGUUUAUUUGUUAUAUGUCAUAAAAGUCUGGAAGAAGAUGACCUCAGAAAAGCCUUUGAAAAAUUUGGAAAGAUUGAAGAUAUUUGGGUGGUUAAAGAUCGUAUUACAGGGGAAAAUAAAGGAGUUACGUACAUUAAAUUUUCGAAAACAUCAGAAGCAGCUUUUGCACUGGAAGAAAUGAAUGGAAAAAUGUUGGGUUCUGUUGGAAGACCUAUUAAAGUAAUGAUUGCAUCAAACCGUGAUCAAGGAUCUGUCAGAGAAACGAAUGAAGAAGAAAGAUGGGUUCGUUUGUUUUGUGUGUUACCUAAAUCUAUGACAGAUAGUGAACUUCAACAAGAAUUUUUAAAAUUUGGACCUAUUGAAUAUGCAACAGUGGUUAAAGAUAGAAACACAAAUGAAUCAAAAGGCUUUGGUUAUGUAAAAUUUAAAAAAGUAUCCAGUGCAGCAAAAGCAUUUGAAGAAUGUGAUAGAAAAUAUAAAGCUGUAUUUGCUGAACCAAAAAAACCAAAACCUGAACAUAUUGAUGUAAAAUAUAAUAAUGGAUUAUCUUCUCAUUAUGAUGGUACUAGUGGAGGUUAUAGUUCAUCAAAUUUUGGAAAGAGUAGUAUUAGUUUAGAAAUUGCCACAAAUUAUCCUAAUUCUGAAGGUUAUACACAUUUACAAGUAAUUGCACAUCCAGCAUUAAAUCAAGAUCAAUUAUGGAAAUUGUUUGAUAUUGUACCUGGAUUGGAUUAUUGUCAUUUGAAAAAUGAUGUAAGAUACAGAAUGCCAAGAGGUCAAGCUGUUGUAGUAUAUUCUAAUCCUAGUGCAGCAGCAUAUGCAAGAGAAAAAUUUCAUGGUUUUGAAUAUCCACCUGGUCAUAGGAUGAUAGUAAAACCAGAUUUAUCAAGUGCACCUCCAAAAAAUGCAAUAAAACCUGGAAGUUCUGGUGGAAUUGCUAGUGCUAGGACAGAUUUAGCACAUUUAGCUGAAACUAUUGCUCAAGCUACAUCUUUAAUUCAAGCUGCAGGAUUAACUGCACCAAGUUUAGAGCAUUCAAUGUGUGUUAAGUUACCGCCUGUGCAACCAAUGGCUAGUAUAGAUGCAGAGGUUGCUAAAAGAUGCUUUAUUGUAUGUGGGCCUCCAGUACCUCCCAUAUAUGCUAUGAAGGAUGCUUUUUGCAGAUUUGGAAAUCUUAUAGAUGUUUAUAUGCUUCCAGGAAAAAAUUGUGGUUAUGCAAAAUAUGCUAGUGUAGAAAGUGCAAAUGAAGCAAUUGAGGUUUUGCAUGGACAAGAAAUUUGUGGAUCUCGACUAAAAGUAUUAGAAGCAGAAGAGCGCAAUGUCGGUGAAGAUCGAAGAAAACGAUUACGGACGGACGAAGAUGAAAAUUAAAUUAUUUUUGUAUAUCUCGAUAUCUAAAGGAUUCAAAGAUGUGUACCUGUGAUGACUGUGAUAUAGCAGAGUAAGAUAUUACUACCAUUGUGUAUAUGAAGCUUAAAAUAUAAAGAAUAAAUUAUAAUUUUAUAUAUUUUCUCCUUUUUAUUACUGAAUGAAGAUUUAUAUCAGAGGAUUAUUGUAUUUGCACUCAUUUAUGCAUUUCACUUUUAUACUGCACUUUUAAAGUAUACGAUGUUUAUAAUUUAUUUUUUGCAUAUUUCUUUGAUGUGUUCAUAAAAUGUGCAAUAAAAUAAUUUUUAUAGAAAAA